AAAGGAGGGUUUUAGUUCUCAUUAACUGAGACUUGCCUGUUCCCUUGUCCCUUGUCUUCUCUAUUCUCCAGCAUGGUGUGUCUGUGUGUCCUUGGAGGCUCCUGGAUGACAGUUCUGAUGUUGAUAUUGGUGCUGCUGAGCCCUCCGCUGGCUUCGGGAAGGGACACCCCACCACAUUACAUGUACCAGUAUAAGCCCGAGUGUCGUUUCACCAACGGGACGGAGCGGGUGCAGCUCCUGGACAGGUAUUUCUACAACGGCGAGGAGUUCGUGCGCUUCGACAGCGACGUGGGGGAGUUCCGGCCGGUGACGGAGCUGGGGCGGCCCAUUGCUGAGUCCUGGAACCGGCAGAAGGACAUCCUGGAGGAAAGGCGGGCUGCAGUGGACACGUACUGCAGACACAACUACGGGGUCGGUGAGAGCUUCACGGUGCAGCGGCGAGUGGAGCCCACAGUGACCGUGUACCCCGCGAAGACCCAGCCCCUGCAGCACCACAACCUCCUGGUCUGCUCGGUGAAUGGCUUCUAUCCGGGCCACAUCGAGGUCAAGUGGUUCCGGAACGGCCAGGAGGAGGAGGCUGGGGUCGUGUCCACAGGCCUGAUCCGUAACGGAGACUGGACCUUCCAGACCCUGGUGAUGCUGGAGACGGUUCCUCAGAGUGGAGAGGUCUACACCUGCCAUGUGGAGCAUCUGAGUCGCACGAGCCCUGUCACCGUGGAGUGGCGGGCUCAGUCAGACUCUGCACAGAGCAAGAUGCUGAGUGGAAUCGGGGGCUUUGUCCUGGGUCUGCUCUUCCUGGCGGUGGGGCUGUUCAUCUACUUCCGGAACCAGAAAGGGCACUCUGCACUUCAGCCAACAGGACUCCUGAGCUAAGGGGGAGAUGCUGACACUCCAGGAAGAACCUUCUUUUCAAGCUUCUUCACAGAGUGAAAAGGUUUCCUGCUUGGCCAUUACUCUGCCACAAACACAGUGCUUUCUCAGGACCUGGUUUGUCCUGGGCUCAGUGACCCUGCAGAACCCAUGCUCCCUGCAGGCUCCCUCCACCCUGUCCUUGACCUGGAGGCCCCAGUAUUGACUGCAGUGCCUCGUCUUCAUUCUUUCAGCCCCUAUGAACGCUGCCCUCACAGCCUCCCCUGCAUCGGAACUCACCUUCCUCUCACGUGUCUUUAUAAGCUUUUCUCAAAUAAACAUGGAGUGACAAUC